CAGACCGACAAAAACGGGAGAGAUAACCGAAAGAAGGAGCGACUCCGGUGAACGCAACGCCGCAGCUCCGGGCUCCUCCAGUGGAGAGACUGUCCGCAUCUGUCCAACGCCACCAGAGCAACACAAGACAGGCGAGGAAGGGAAGAGUCCAGUGGGUGAUCUGUUUAUAUGUAGAUGUCUGUAUGCAUGAAAAGGAAAUUACUCAAAAAUCCAAGCACGGGGUGUUUGCGCAGACGGAGAGGCGGAAGAGGGCUCCAGACUCACCGAAGGAAACCCCUGCGAUAAGUGGGAUACAGCAACAUGAAACAUCAUAAUGUGUCUGAAGAGGAGCAAGCAAAGAGCCCGCAAAGAGAAUUGUGUCAAUAAAUUGCUUUUGGGCAGAAGGGAAAGGUGGAAAGAAAAGCGCGCAUAGGAAAAAGGGAAGGAAAACUCCGGAUCGACGCGACAGGGCGCACGGCACUCCAUCACCAGGACUCACGGGUUUUUUUUCUGUCCCAUGUUGAUGGCACACUGAAACAUGGGACACAAGUCAUUUUCUUUCUUUUUAUUUUUUUUAUCAACACUUUGUCUUUGUUGGUGAAGCUUUUGGUGAUUUUUUCCCCUGUACAUUCAAUGAUCAAAAACUGCCAAAACCCUCAGAGGUGCAGUUUUCCUGUGGUUGGCUUCUGCAAACAGACAAUAGGAUCAAUUUGACACAUUUUGACAACAUUUGGCUAUUGGCACUGUGAAUCUUUGUCACAAUUACACUGUCAAACAAAGACUCUAGCUGAAUGCACUGUGAUUUAUAAGCUAUUUCUCACAGAAACUUGCUGAUUGCAUAAAAAAGUAUCCCACAAAAGGCCGCAACAACAAAAAAGAGAAGAGGCCAUUUGUUUCAAUCUAAUAAUCUCAUUGCCAAACACUUGCGCAAUUACAGCAGCGUGCACACAGAAGUUUCAUGCAUAUGCGCAUCCUGCAGUGCGUAAUGCUCUGACAAACUUUUGGACGCAAUAAGUUCUGCAAAGUGCGCACAUUCUCCUCGGUUCUUUUUGGUGCAGGAAACUUUUGUGCACUGAUGCUGUUCUAGCCUAAAGAUUUGGAGUAUGUGGGGCGCACGCUGGCACACGCUGGGGGCCUGGUCCUGGGACAGUUUGAGCGUGGCACAGGAGGCUACAUGAGGCUGACACACUCCUCCUCUUCUUCAAAUCUGCGAAGAAUCCAAAUCUGCAGCUGGGAGGGGGCGAUAUCUGCAGAAGAAUAACCCGAGAGGCUGAGACAGAGGUUACUCCGCUGCUGUCUCCUCCCCUACCGUCCUCCAAGAGCUGGGGGAAUGCGCACAACAUCUCAGAGAGGAAAAGGAGACGCGCAAAAGGGGAAACUGAGUCCCCAGGAAAGAUCAACACAUUUGAAUUGGUGAAAUAUGGCCGAGAAUGUGUUGGAGACGGGUCCGCCUUCAGCCAAGAGGCCAAAGCUGUCUUCUCCAGCUCUGUCCCUGUCGACCAGUGAUGGAAAUGAUUUUGGUUCACUCUUUGACCUGGAGCACGACCUCCCAGACGAGCUGAUCAACUCCUCAGAUCUGGGAAUAACCAACGGCGGAGACUCCAUCCAGCUUCAUAACAGCGUUGGGGGACAUGGAACUGGACUCGGCCUUGUUGGAGGCCAGGAGACUGCCACUAAACAUAAACAACUCUCUGAACUGUUGCGCAUUGGUGCGUCAGGACAGCAGAGCGGUCCUGCACCUAACAGCAUAGGACCAGGAGCUCCCCCGAGUAUGGGGGGAGUUGGUGUCUCAGUCGGAGCUCAAGCUCAACAGCAGCCAGGACUAAUGCAGCAGGUUAACGUGGCUGGUGGUAUGGGAGCUCAUAAUAGACCCACCAUGAUGGGAGCGCAAAAGGUCCACGCUGGACAGCAGCAACAGCAAGGAUUGAUGGGGGGUCAUCUCAUGAAUGGGUCACCACGGAUGAGCUAUCUGGGCACUGCUGGCAUGGGUAGUAAUGGUAAUCUGUUAGCUGAAACCCUUCAACAACAACAAGGGGGACAAAUGGGCACCUUGACUCAGCCAGGAAUUAGACCGCAGCAACCUGAAGCACUGAAAAAGAUGAAUAUGAUGACCAAUGCUGGCCCCUAUGGUGGGCCGUAUGGUCAGUCAGCGGGCCAAGGCCUGGCUGGAGCAGGACUGGGUUCACAGCUUCAGGCCAAGGCAGGACUGUCCAACAGUUUGCCUACACAGUUCCUCGACAAAAAGCCGGUGGGAGCAGGCAUGCCUGGGAUGGUCUCCCAUCAGCAGUCUGCCACAGUUGGAGGCGUCCCUAUUGGGCCAGGAGCCCUACAGGUCGGUCUUGGUGCAGGAGGAACAGGCCCCGGUGUUGGAGCUCCCACGGCAGACCCUGAAAAGCGAAAGCUAAUACAACAGCAACUGGUCCUUUUACUUCAUGCGCAUAAGUGCCAGAGAAGGGAACAAGCCAACGGAGAAGUACGACAUUGUAACUUACCCCACUGUCGCACCAUGAAGAAUGUGUUGAACCACAUGACCCAUUGCCAGGCGGGCAAGUCUUGCCAGGUGGCCCACUGUGCCUCAUCCAGACAGAUUAUCUCUCACUGGAAGAAUUGCACUCGCCAUGACUGUCCUGUGUGCCUUCCAUUGAAAAAUGCGGGCGAUAAGCGGAAUCAGCAGUCUGCCCUUAAUAAUGCUGGGGUGAGUUUGGUGAACUCCUUAGGUCCAGGUGUCCAAGGUGGACAGACCAACUCUCCAAAUGUCAAUCCUGCAAGCCAAAUAGAUCCCAGUUCCAUUGAACGAGCUUAUGCUGCCCUUGGUCUCCCGUACCAGGGCAAUCAGAUACCACAAGCCAACAUGCCAAACCAGGGGCUUCAGAACCAGCCUGGGAUAAGACCUUUGAAUUCAAUGGGAGGAAAUUCUACUGGAGUGAAUGGAGUUAUGGGGCUACAGCAGUCGAAUCCAAUACAACAGGCCAGUGUCUUACCAAACAACAUGUUGCAAAAUAGUCUGAUUGCGCAAAGUUUGAUGAAUGAUGGUGCGGGAAACCUGGGUUCAAUCCCAACCACAGCUAAUCCAUCUUCAGCCAGUAUAAGCAAGCCCUGGCAUGAAGACAUCACCCAAGAUCUUCGCAAUCAUCUUGUUCAUAAGCUUGUGCAAGCUAUCUUUCCUACCCCUGACCCGGCUGCACUGAAGGACCGUAGAAUGGAAAAUUUAGUGGCUUAUGCGCGUAAAGUAGAAGGCGACAUGUAUGAGUCUGCAAACACAAGGGCUGAGUACUAUCACCUUCUGGCAGAAAAGAUUUAUAAGAUUCAAAAGGAACUUGAAGAAAAGAGACGAACGCGACUUCAGAAACAAGGCAUGAUGCCUGGUCAGCCAGGGAUUUCACAGGGUCCUCCAAACAUGGGCCAUGCCCCCAUGGCUCAGGGUCAACCUCCAAAUGGUCCUCAUGCCGAUCACUCGAUGGUCAGACCACCUGGACCCAAUCAGAUUAUUAAUAGACUGCAAAACCCAGCAGCAAUGAACCAGUUCAGUCAAAUGGGGAUGCAAACAAUGGGUCAAAGGUCUACGCCUCCUCUUUCACAUAAUCCACCAAUGAAUCAGAUGAGCAUGUCCCAAAUGAGAAUGGGUCAGCCCAAUGCCACACAGUUACAAAACCAGUACCUCUCUUCACCUCAGUUCCCUGGGUCAAGUCCAGGCCUUGGUUCUGCUGGACUGAACCAGUCUGGGGUGCAAAUGUCAAUGCAAAACCAAAUGUCAACAACGCCUUCAAUCCCUGCCAGUAGCCCUGUAGCACAACCUACUCCCCCUGGCCCCUUGGCGUCUGCUGGUGUUAACAAUGCUGUGCCUCACCCCAGCCUCCCUCCAUUGUCCGCUCCAAACCAGGCCAAUGCCAACCCCCACUGUGCAGCUGUGCCCACUAAUUCGCCCUCACCAGCACAAAGCCUAACGCCACAGCCUCACCAAACUCCCCCGAUGUUAUCUGGCUCUCAGACACCCACGCCUCACUCUCCUCGCACACCUCAGAUGCCUCAAACACAGCAGCUGCAACAGGUUUUACAGUCUACGUCAGAACAAGCACCGAAUGCUGACAAAACCUCUCAGCCCCAGCUACUGGGAGGGAUGGCCCCACCAACACCGAGCCUCCAGGACAGUCUGACAGCUGCAGCCCCAACAGAGAAUCCUCUAGUGUCUUUACAACCACCAAAAACUCCUCUUUCACCCAAGGCUGCACAGACCACAGAAGAUCAAGAAUCCUCACAAGCUUCAGAUGGGAUCAACACUGAAUCAUACUCUCAGUCUCCUACCACAGACGACCAAGCCCCCGAUCAGGAAGAUGCUAAAACUGAAGUUGCCAAAAAGGAAGAUCCAGACAAGGAAGAGGCUGAAACUGAAGAGGAGGACAAAAUGGACACAGGCAAAGGACAGCCUAAUGUGAAGACAGAAGAGAAAUCAGCUAUAAAGAAGGAGAUGCCGUCUGGAGAUGAAUGCAAAAACGAGUCAAUGGAAACAACUUUGUCUGUGUCUACCACGGGAGCAGAAAGUGAGGACAAGAAGCCAGAGGUUAAGAAGGAGCCAAAACAGGAAGAGGAGAGUUCAGGGUCAAUGGCCAACAGUAGCUCCCCAGCCAGCACGCAAAGCAAAAAGAAAGUUUUUAAGCCAGAGGAGUUGCGUCAGGCUCUGAUGCCCACUCUUGAGGCUUUGUACCGGCAGGACCCGGAGUCUUUACCUUUUCGUCAGCCGGUGGACCCCCAGUUACUGGGAAUACCCGACUACUUUGACAUAGUGAAGAACCCUAUGGACUUGUCAACUAUCAAGCGGAAGCUGGAUACGGGACAAUACCAAGAGCCGUGGCAAUAUGUGGAGGAUAUCUGGCUGAUGUUCAAUAACGCUUGGCUUUAUAACCGCAAGACGUCCCGUGUUUACAAGUACUGCUCCAAGCUCGCCGAGGUGUUUGAGAUGGAGAUAGAUCCUGUCAUGCAGGGUCUUGGAUACUGUUGUGGGAGGAAGUUUGAGUUUUCCCCCCAAACACUAUGCUGCUAUGGAAAGCAAUUAUGCACCAUUCAACGUGACGCUGCUUACUUUAGCUACCAGAACAGGUACCACUUCUGUGAGAAGUGUUUCAACGAAAUCCAAGGUGAAAGUGUUUCCCUGGGGGACGACCCCUCUCAGCCACAGACGUCUAUAAACAAAGACCAGUUUCAACGCAAGAAGAAUGACACUCUUGACCCUGAGUUGUUUGUGGAAUGUAUGGAUUGCGGUCGAAAAAUGCACCAGAUCUGUGUCUUGCACAAUGAAACCAUUUGGCCAACAGGUUUUGUUUGUGACGAGUGCCUUAAAAAGGUUAAUAAGACACGGAAAGAAAACAAAUAUGCAGCCAAAAGACUUCCUCAGACUAAAUUGGGGAAUUUUUUGGAGACAAAAGUGAACGACUACCUCAAAAGACAGAAUCAUCCUGAAUCAGGAGAGGUCACCAUUCGUGUGGUGCACGUCUCUGACAAGGUGGUGGAGGUCAAACCUGGCAUGAAGUCCAGGUUUGUUGAUAGUGGAGAGAUGGCGGAGUCUUUCCCGUAUAGAACAAAAGCUCUGUUUGCCUUUGAGGAGAUUGACGGGGCGGAGGUAUGCUUUUUUGGCAUGCACGUCCAGGAGUAUGGAUCAGACUGCCCCCCUCCAAAUCAAAGAAGGGUUUACAUCUCAUAUCUGGACAGUGUGCACUUCUUUAAACCUCGUCACCUCAGGACCGCUGUAUACUACGAGAUUCUUAUAGGCUACCUGGAGUAUGUCAAGAGAAUGGGGUAUACAACGGGACAUAUCUGGGCUUGUCCUCCCAGUGAAGGCGAUGAUUACAUCUUUCACUGUCACCCAGCUGACCAGAAAAUCCCUAAGCCAAAACGUCUUCAGGAGUGGUACAAGAAGAUGCUGGACAAGGCUGUUGCAGAACGCAUUGUGCAUGAUUACAAGGACAUUUUCAAGCAGGCGACAGAAGAUCGACUGACCAGUGCUAAGGAACUUCCGUACUUUGAAGGAGAUUUCUGGCCCAAUGUUCUAGAGGAAAGUAUCAAAGAGCUGGAACAAGAAGAGGAAGAGCGAAAAAGGGAAGAGAAUAGUACCUCUAAUGAGAUUACAGAUGCUGCAACUGGCGACAGUAAGAAUGCCAAAAAGAAAAACAAUAAAAAGACGAGCAAGAACAAAAGCAGCCUGAGCCGAGCAAACAAGAAAAAGGCGGGGAUGCCCAGUGUUUCCAAUGACCUCUCCCAGAAACUAUAUGCCACUAUGGAGAAACACAAAGAGGUAUUUUUUGUCAUUCGUCUAAUUGCCGGACCCACUGCCAAUUCAUUGCCUCCGAUCACCGACCCAGACCCCCUGAUGGCCUGUGACUUGAUGGAUGGGCGGGAUGCUUUUCUCACCCUGGCCAGAGACAAACACCUGGAGUUUAGCUCUCUUCGAAGAUCCAAGUGGAGCUCCAUGUGCAUGCUGGUGGAGCUGCACAACCAGAGUCAGGACCGCUUUGUCUACACCUGCAAUGAAUGCAAACACCACGUGGAGACUCGAUUCCACUGCACUGUCUGUGAGGACUAUGACCUGUGCAUCAGUUGCUACCACACUAAAGGCCACGAGCACAAGAUGGAUAAACUGGGGCUUGGACUGGACGAUGACAGUAACAACCAGGCAGCUGCUACCACCCAAAACCCUGGAGACUCCCGCCGCCUCAGCAUCCAGCGCUGCAUCCAGUCAUUAGUCCAUGCAUGCCAGUGUCGAAAUGCUAACUGUUCUCUGCCAUCCUGUCAGAAGAUGAAGCGUGUUGUUCAGCACACAAAGGGAUGCAAGCGGAAAACCAACGGGGGUUGUCCUAUAUGCAAGCAGCUCAUAGCUCUUUGCUGCUACCAUGCCAAACACUGUCAAGAGAACAAGUGUCCCGUCCCAUUUUGCUUAAACAUUAAACAAAAGCUCCGGCAGCAACAGUUGCAGCACAGACUGCAGCAGGCACAGAUGCUCAGAAGGCGAAUGGCCAGCAUGCAGCGAGUGGGCCAGCCCACAGGAGGACCACCUGGUGCCCCUGUAGGUCUCCCAUCACCAGGACACAAUAACACAGCACCCAGCACUCCCACAUCUGGAGGCACUCAGCCUCCUACUCCUCAGACCCCCACACACCACAUGCAGCAGGGUCUACCACAGGGGGUGGGCUCAGCGCCUGGUGUGCCGCAGCCUGGGAGACUAGCCUCUCAGGGCGGCAUGGUACCACAGCAGCACCACGUGCAACAUCAGUUUCCUCAGAUGAGUGGUGCGUCUGGGCCAGGGGGCAUCAUGAACUCUCCUCAGCAUCAGAAUGGAGCUGUAAACUCGCCCCAGCAGCAGCUCAACACUUAUGCUGGCAGACCUCCAGGCUCUUCCCCCAUCCAUCAGUCCCAGGGCAAACCUGGCCUUGGCACUGCCACACCACCCCAACAAAAGCAGCAAGGGGGCGCUAUGACAACUGAUAUUGGUCAGCCACAGAAUCAGCCCGUCCUGCAGCAGCAGCCCUCUUCAGGACCACCACCAGCUGCAGUAGAAAUCGCUAUGAAGAUUCAGCAAGUAGCAGAUGCGCAAAGAAAAAUGGCACUGCAGAGACAGGCACAGGCCGCCACGAGCAUGAUGCCCUCACCUGGACACCAUCAACAGGCUCAGAGCCAGCAAAUGACCAUGGGAAACCCCUCUGCAGCCGUGAUGGGUGCGCCUCCUCAAAAUCCAGCAGCAGCUGCAGCCCGAGCGCACAUAGAUCCACAGCGGGCCCAAGCAGGGAUGGUGGGAGGGCAAAUGCAGCACUUUCAGCAGGGUAAUAUGCCCACUCAGCUACAACAACAAAGAAUGACUGCUCCACUGCAAAACAACUCCCAGCAGCAGGUAUGGACAGGACAAGGUAUGGCACCCCAAAGGCCGAUGAUGAAUCAGAUGGGCCAUCCUGGCAUGAUGGCUGCCCAGCAGCAGCCAAUGCAGCAGCCGCAGCCGCAAAUGCAAAUGCAGCAACAGCCAAUGCAGCAGCAGCAAAUGCAGCAGCAGCAGCAGCAAAUGCAGCAGAUGCAGCAGCAGCAGCAGCAGCAAAUGCAGCAGCAGCAGCAGCCAAUGCAGCAGCAGCAGCCGCCAAUGCAGCAGCCGCCGCCAAUGCAGCAGCAGCCAAUGCAGCAGCAGCAAAUGCAGCAGCCGCAAAUGCAACAGCCGCAAAUGCAGCAGCAGCAGCCUCUCAUGAACAUGGCUCCACAACAGCAAGGCACUGCAGGGGCCAUCCCAGGAGCUGCUGGAGUCUUAGGAAAUCCUGGAGGAAACAUUCCACAGGGUGCCUUGCAGGACCUGCUCCGCACACUGCGCUCUCCAAGCUCUCCUCUUCAGCAGCAGCAGGUUCUCAACAUUCUUCGAUCCAAUCCUCAGCUCAUGGCUGCCUUUAUCAAGCAAAGGGCCUCCAAAUACAAAGGUGGGCCAGGAGGUCUCCCAGGAGUACCAGACCAACCAGGGGGACCAGUUGGAAACAGUGUUACAGGAGGUGGCCCCCAGAUGACCAUAAAUGUUCCAAGUCAGCCUGGGAUGCACAUGGGAGGAGGACAGAAUGUCAACAUGGCUGCCAUGGCACAGCUCCAGCAACAGCAACAAAUGCAUCAACCAAGACCAAUGGUCAGCAACCUGCAGCCGCAGCCGGUGGGGGCGAAGGGAAUUCCGGGUCAGAGUCCACAGAUUGCCAACCUCAACAAUCCCCAAUUCAGAGAAAUGCUCAUGAGGCGACAGUUACAGCAGCAGCAGCAACAACAACAACAGCAGCAGCAACAACAACAACAGCAGCAGCAUCAACAGCAGCAUCAACAGCAGCAUCAACAACAACAACCACCACCACCGCAUAAUCAACAACAGAUGGGAAUGAACCACAGUCAGUUUCAUCAGUCUCCACAGCCGCAGGGCUACAUGAACCAGCCUGGGAUGCAGUCCACUGGUCAGAACUACCCAAUCCCUUCUCAGCAACAGGCAACAGCAGCCCUACAGCAGAGGCUACAGCACCAGCUGCAGAUGCAGCAGCAGAGUGCCAUGGGUGAUGGGGGGCCAGGUGGGGGGCCAAUGGGUGUCCCUCAGCAGCCGCAGGGUCCACAGGGUCCGCAGGGUGGCCCGCCGCCAUCUCAGGUGCUGCUCCAGCAGGCCCUUCACCAGAGACUUCUCCAACAACAGCAGACCCUUGGCCCCGGUGGGUCCCCUGUCCCGCACAGUGGCCCCAUGAGUCCCCAGCAGCCGUCUCCACAUCCUCAUUUGCAGGGACAGGCGCUGCCGACGUCUCUGGCUAACCAAGUCCGCUCCCCUCAGCCCUCUCCCAGACCUCAGUCACAGCCCCCACACUCGAGCCCAUCCCCACGCCUGCAGCCCCAGCCCUCCCCUCAUCACAUCUCACCUCAGGUACAAACGGGGUCCCCGCACCCCACCCACCUGAACCAUCACCCUGGGAUGGGCCCCCCACCACAGCAGCAGCAGCCAAACCAGCAUCCACAGAACUCAAUGGAUCAGUUUGGGACAGACCAAAACGCUAUGUUGUCCCAGCUGAAUAGUAUGGCUGGGCUUCACGGGACAGGGGCCACUGGUUAGGACCCUCUGGGCCAAAACACGAACCACAACCCUUUAGACUUCAUGUAGGAACUCUACUGAACUAGGAGCUCUGCGCACAAAACUGCACUCACCAGGACAGUAUUUUUGUUUUACUUAGCCUUUUUAUACUAUUAAAUGUUAUUUAAGAUGUUUUCAAUAAAGAUGCAUUGAUCAGAACUUCCUAUGGGAGAUGAACAAUAAAGAAACCCGUCUUUAAGUAGGUUAAAAUAAAUGAAACGUAAGUUAUUGUUAAUAUAUUUUUGUUAUAUAUUAUGAACAAAGUGGACAGUGGUUUGUGUAGCACCAUCCACCUGCACAUCUACAGAUUACAAAAGGAGUUAUUUUUGGGGAGCGGGUGGUUAAUAAGUACUUGCCUUUUUAAGCAAGUAUUUUUAAGAUAUUAAACUUGGACAAGAAUUUAAGAAUUGAUUUAAUCAAAUAACCUUUUUUUUUUUUUUCUCUCAGUCUGUUUUUAUUUGACAGAGUGAGGUGAGAUUAUCAAUGUAAUUUCAAACGUGAUGCAUAUCUUUUUACACUUGUUUUUGUUAGCUUUAUUUAUUUAUUUUUUUUAAAUUUGGUGUCACAAGUGUUGUGUACCCUGAGACUGCUACACUUUGUAUAGAUAUAUAUAUAUUUUUGUUACUGUUACUGAGGUGGGGGUUAGUGGAUAUUUCUUUACACUUAAGAUAUAUUUAGAUGAGUUGAGAAUAAAUUACCUGUCAGUGUUUUACUGCAGCUUUUGGUCUGCUGAAUUCUCAGAUGCAUCAGGAUGCCAAGUUUUCUGUCAUGCCUACACGUGGAGCCCUCUCCCCCGAAUGUGUGCACUCUUUCCUUUAAGGACACUUAACGUGGAGCAAUGGAGCCCUGGGGAGGGGGGAUGCAAACCUGUGUGCCUGUACCGUUUUCAGAGCAUGGGCUGGGACGUGGAUUAGAACGUUUUAGUGUUUUAAACUAUUCUGCUGUUUUCAAUGAACUGCAGAGUUUGAUCCAAAUUAACUGUGUUGCACAGAACUGAGGGGAAAGAUGAGGUGUUGGUGAAGAACUCACUUUCUGCCUUGAUACUUGCUGCUUCCUUUUGGACUCUGAACCGCCCUCCAGCCCCUUAUCCUCCUCUGUCCCCACCUCAUUUGCAUCUGCUAUGAGUUUAAUUUAACUUUUGAUUUUUUUACUGUAAAAAGUAAACUGUGGAUUUAAGUCAUGUUUUUUUAUAAUAAAAUUAAAAUGU